CCUUACGUAAACCGUCCGGCGCAAAAAUUCAAACACUGAACAGGAAGAAAAAGUGCAACUUGCUUUCGUUCUUUUGUGAAACAUUACGGAUUAUAUUCUUUCCAGUUUUUUAUCAUUUGAGAUGAGUGCAGUCUCCACACCUGUCUCCCGAGUACGUUCAGGAUGGACAUCGUCCUCUCUCAAGAACAAGGGCCUGUCCCCCGUAUCCUGCAGCACCCCACUGCUGGCAGCCUUUCCUGGCAAUGAUGAUGAGCAGGAGCGGCGGCAACGCCGAAGGUCAAGAGUUAUUGACCUUCAAGCUGCCACCGACUCUUCUUUCAAUGACUCUACCACUCACAGUGCUGCGGGGACCCCUGCUGCUGUGCCCAAGUUAUCAAAUGCUCAGAUUUCAGAACACUAUUCCACCUGCAUAAAACUCUCCACUGAGAAUAAAAUCACCACCAAGAAUGCCUUUGGUCUGCAUUUAAUUGAUUACAUGGCUGAUAUUUUAAAGCAGAAGGAUUCUGAGCUUACUAACUUUAAGGUUGCAGCUGGCACUCUGGAUGCCAGUACAAAGAUCUAUGCUGUGAGAGUGGAUGCUGUUCAUGCUGAUGCUUACAGGGUGCUGGGUGGCCUGGGAGGCGAAACAAAACCUGGGGAGGAUCAUGGUCCUCAAGAGGCGGAUGGAGAUGAAGGUGGGGAAGUGACUGCCAAACAGCCAAAGAAAAAGAGGCCUCCUAAGAAGACGGUGGAGCAGAACUUAGGCAACAUUAACAGUGCAGAUCCUGAGAGGAGGUGUGAGGUGGACCCCAUGUUUCAGCGGAUGGCUGCAUCCUUUGAUGAAACCAGCACAGCGGGCGUCUUCUUGUCUGUUCUCUUCAGUGAGAACAGUCGCUGUGAGCUGCUCUUUCCGUCUUACAUGACCCUCCUGCAGUCCAGCCCCUCCUAUUGUCCUCCAUCGCCACAAGCCGUCCCUACAUCCCCAUUUAUGGGCGGACUUAAGCGUUCCCAGGAGAAAUGCUCGAUCUGCCCCUCAUUGCAGGACUUCUCCUUCACAAGCUGGAACCCUGAGCAGACCAUGAAUCAGCUCCUGGAGAAGAUAAAGCACGGUGAACAUGUGUUUGACGUGAACGCUGAGCCGGAGCCAGAACCAGAGGAGGACAACUACCCUGACUUUGAUGCCGACUGUGAAGACGGGUCGGGAGAUUAUGAGGAGGGAUCUAAGGAGCUCAAGGAGGCCUGUGAGCCCUCUGGCUCUGGCAAAGGAAGGGAUGUGAUUCCAAUUGGAGAGGGAGACAUCAACACGAUGUGCCUGCAGCUGUCCUCUGAGCCCAGAGAGUACUCGUACUUCAGUCCCAGGACCAUGGCCACAUGGGCCGGACCUGGAUACUGGCAGUUCAAACCUAAACACAAGUUGGAUCAUUUGCCUGACAAGGAGACACGGAAAAGGAAGCCCAAGAAGGUGUUUGAAAUGGACUUUGAUGAAGACGUCAACUUUGAUACCUUCUUCCGCUCAACAAGGGCGGCCACCACUAACAUCAAGUCAGCCCUCAGUGUCAGCAACAAAAAAAACACUUUACCCACAGAUUUCCAGUUUCCCCCAGAGACGCUCUCCCAGCUCAGUCUCAAACCCUCCAGUUCGUUGACUAAAGAGGCCCAGAAGAGGCUUUCUGGGGAGCUCGGAGAAGGCAUUGGUGAUUACGACUACGACAACGCUAACGAUACAGCCAACUUCUGUCCAGGUCUUCAGGGUGGUGACAGUGAUGACGAUGCUGAAGGAUUUACUGGUUCAGACGACAUGCAGCCUUCGGGUGACAGUGUACCGACGGGAUCACAGGAUCUCGAGAGCGUGUCCACGUACGGCGAAGCAGAUCUGGUACCUGAGCCACACAGGGUCAACAAAAUUGAAAUAAACUAUGCUAAGAUGGCAAAGAAAAUGGACAUGAAGAAGCUAAAGAACAGCAUGUGGACCUUUCUCACUGAAAGCCCAGAAAAACCAAAGCAGGAGACAGCUGUGACAGAAGUGUGUGGAGAGAAAGCCUUCAGUCAGACCACAAAAGCCCUGCUUCAAAGCUUGCCAAACACGAUGGCUCAGAACCUGUCGGUGCCUCUGGCGUUUGUUGCUCUGCUUCAUCUUGCCAACGAAAAGAAUUUGGAGCUGGUGAAGGUUGAUGACAUGUCGGAUAUCAUCAUCAAACAGGGCAAUUGAGAAGAAGAAGAUGAUGAUGAUAGGGGUUGGAAGUAGAGCCCGAUUUUAUUUUCUCUUUUCUUACUUUUUCCUUCUUUCUUCUUUGUGUAUAUCUGGUGUUUUUGUCAGUGACUUCCCUGUUUUGUUUUUUUUUUCUUUUUUUUGAGUCUAUAUCCAAUAAGGAACAAACAUUAUUCCUUUUUAACAGCAUAACUUUUUUCCUUUUCAUUUUGUGAUUUUAAUGUAUAUCUUUUGUGUAGAUAACUGAUCUGCUCAUCA